CUCCCAUCGCUCAACCCCCCUGCCCCCCACAAACCCAAAAUGGAUUACCAGAACCGCGCGGGUUCCAAAUUCGGCGGUGGCGGCGUGGCCUCGCACUCCGCAACAAACGCAGACCGUCGCGAACGCCUACGCAAACUCGCCCUAGAAACCAUCGACCUAGACAAAGACCCGUAUUUCUUCAAGAACCACGUGGGCAGCUUCGAGUGCCGUCUCUGUCUAACCGUGCACCAAAACGAUGGGUCGUAUCUCGCCCACACCCAAGGACGCAAGCACCAGACGAACCUCGCGCGGCGCGCGGCGCGCGAACAACGCGAGGGCAAAAACCAGGACCCGGCGUCGCUUCCCGGGGCGAUGGGCGUGCAGGUGAAAAAGCAGACGAUUAAGAUCGGACGGCCCGGUUACAAGAUCACCAAGAUUCGGGACCCUCUUACGCGGCAGCUGGGGCUGCUGUUUCAGCUGCAGUACCAGGAGAUCACGGCGGGGGUGCAGCCUCGGGUGCGGUUUAUGUCGGCGUUCGAGCAGAAGGUGGAGGAGCCGCCUGAUAAGAACUUUCAGUAUCUGGUUGUUGCGGCGGAGCCGUACCAGACUUGUGGGUUUAAGUUGCAGGCGCGUGAGAUUGAUCGGCGCGAAGGGCGGUAUUGGACUUGGUUUGAUGAGGAUAGUAAGGAGUUUUGGGUCCAGAUUAUGUUCAAGACUGAGCGUGAGGAGCGGUUCAGUGGUGUUCCGGGGUUGGCGCCCAUGGGGCCCAAUUAAGACCUACCUACUGUUCUCUCUGAUCAUGUUUGGUGAAUGAAAUGGUACACACCAUUUCUCAACGGUUCCUCGGCGUUUUAUUGGGAGGGGGAGGUGUUUAAUGAUAGCAUAAUUUUGGUACUAUGUCUUUCUACUACUAAACUUGAGAUUUUUUUUUUUUAACUUGACUUAAUCCUCUUCAAAUGAAUACCCGGAAAUAUCU